UCGUUAACUCUUUUGUUCAAUUAAAAUAUUGCAAUCCCUGAUUGAAAAGAGGCUGUGUAGCAGUCCUAGGCUAUAUCGCCCACAGCACCAGCGGCGUUUGUCCGAAGUACAUUGGAAACUGCACAUCUGUUUGGUUUCGUUUCUUGAUAUACUUUGUGCACACAGACCCACGUGGCAGUUUUGACUCGCUCGCAGUGAAAGAUUAUCUAAACUCUCCCGUUGGCGCUAUCCAUAUGAAAUGCCACACAGUGAUCACUCUGCUUCUGCACCCUGAUCCCACGGAUAUUAAUAGCUCCUGACUCUGACUACCAGUCUGCAGCUCCAUCUAGAAAAAAAAUAAAAUACAACAUACAAUAUAUACAUAGGAAAAUAAUGGAAAGAAUAUCGCCAUCCGUGUUGAUCUGGCUUUUAAUAGCAGGCGUGUUCUGCUAUGUUGAUGUUUCUGCAAUUCAAGCCUCAAUCUCUCCAGAUGUCACGCCAGCCCUGAUGACCAACCCGUUGGUGGAGAGCACGAUUUCGGAGGGACUGAUCUCUACAAGCCCCCCGCUGCCUCCAGCUGCAGCACACACGACCCUCCCGUCAGAGAGACCAUCAACCACCAUACAGAGCACAGACACACCGGCCAGCCCAGCCAGCGAUAUCGAGAGACAGGCCAGCACCGGGACAUCGCCGAAGAGCAGCACUACACCCCCCAGAGCCAACGAGAACCUCCCCGCGCUGCCUGAGCUCAGAACCAACGAGACCCUCCCCGCGCUGCCUCAUCUAAGAACCAACGAGACCCUCCCUGCGCUGCCUGAGCUCAGAACCAACGAGACCCUCCCCGCGCUGCCUGAGCUCAGGACCAAUGAGACCCUCCCCACGCUGCCUGAGCUCAGAACCAAUGAGACCCUCCCUGCGCUGCCUGAGCUCAGAACCAACGAGACCCUCCCUGCGCUGCCUGAGCUCAGAACCAAUGAGACCCUCCCUGCGCUGCCUGAGCUCAGAACCAACGAGACCCUCCCUGCGCUGCCUGAGCUCAGAACCAACGAGACCCUCCCUGCGCUGCCUGAGCUCAGAACCAACGAGACCCUCCCAGCGCUGCCUGAGCUCAGAACCAACGAGACCCUCCCUGCGCUGCCUGAGCUCAGAACCAACGAGACCCUCCCUGUGCUGCCUGAGCUCAGAACCAACGAGACCCUCCCUGCGCUGCCUGAGCUCAGCCCCAGGGCUAACGGGACAGAGGGGAACACAAGCUUGGAGAGUGCAGCAGAAUCAGCACAAGAGCCGGCCACAACAUUAACACCCUCCCAGGAAUCGGAAGCUUCCACAGGCAGCCCGGAAUAUCCCCCUCAGUCAGCAACCCCCGCUAACGGGACGCUGGGAGCCGAGUCCCCAAAGACUUCAGAGAGCCCAGCAGAGAUCCCAGCUUCCCCCAGUUCAGCAGCCCCCACCCAACCCACUCUGCCUCCCACAGCCCCCCCAGCACGAGAGACCAGCCGCCCUCACACCCCUGGAGCCUCCACCAGCCCUCCCGCACCCCCUGCCAAACUGAACCAGGUCUCGUCGCCCCCAGUCUUCGAUAUUGGAGACGACCAGAGCGUAGUGUCUGCUCAGAGCCCUGCCAGCACAUCCAUGGAGCCCCUAGUGGCUGGUCUCAUCUCCCUCUUCAUCGUCGCGCUCGGCCUGGUCUCCACCCUCCUCUACCUCAGGUUCCAGCAGCGCCGCGUCCGCCCAGAGUUCCGGCGCCUCCAAGACCUGCCCAUGGAUGACAUGAUGGAGGACACACCCCUGUCCCUCUACAGCUACUGACCCGUCCCCACUGCCACCGUGACACGCCGCCCUUUCCAGAAUGCACACGAUUAGUCAUGUAGAAAAAAGAAGUGCGCCGUAUGACGAUGAACAAGCUUAUUUUCUUAUAGCACAGCCCGUAUUUUCAGGCAAGCCUCAGCUGACUGUAUGCACAAGAUAGACACUGCACUGCAGGGAUUUUAAAAGACCUGCCUGUCCUGACCAGGACCCUAGGAGGUGCCCUGGACCUUCUGCCAAAGUGCCCCCCUCACGACACUGUCACCGCUACCCUGCUCUGAAGAACCACCUCGUAUCUGCCCUCGCCUGCAUCGUUCUGUUUUGGUAAAGCGCCACUGAAAAAAGAGCUGCUUAUUAAAGGUUUUUAAAUGAACGAAUGUGAAGGGGAUGGCUGGGGGAGCGACGGGAAUAGGAUGUGCUGCCUUCCCCAGCCCUUGCUGUGUUCUUGCUGUGUUUUGGGGUGUAAGAGUGAAGCAAGCACUGUGGCGGGGACUGGAGAACCCCCUCUCUCCCCCUUUGGAAGAGCUCCCUCCAGGGCAGGGCAGCGUUGAGGCGCAUGGAUUAGUGUUUGCCAGAAGCACCCUUCAACCUGCACCCGAAAGUGUUCCAGACUGACCGUGUGAGAGAUUGCCAACAAACGUGUGCCAUUUUGUUUUUUCAAGGUAAAGCCUGUGCAGGUGUUUUGACAGUUUAGUUCUUUAAAAAGCUGUUGGGCGCUGGAACAGGCCUGGGAAAGGGCUGUGUGCUUUAUUUUGUAUUGGCUGUUGGUUGAUGCACUUUUCUUUCUAAGACGCUUCUCUGUGCCUGCCUUUUUAUUUAUUUUUAUUUAUUUUAUUUUUUUUAACGAUUUUUGGGAGCAAAGUCUCCGUGCUGAAGAUUGUAAGGACUUGGAUCUUUUUUUCUUUCUCUUCCCUGCAAAACUUUGUUUGUUCUUUUCUGUAAGAUUAAUAAGAAAAUGCUGUGCUUUUUUCUCAUGGAUGUUGGUUUCUUGUCUGCUGGGAAAGUCCUUGCAAAUCAACCCUCUCCCCAGGAAAUUAGAUUUUUUUAAAACCCAUUCACUUUGAAGAACUUCUUUUGUAGAGAAGUUUUAGCUGUAGGACUUUCAUUUCUGUGUGCAUUAAAACAGGGAGGAGGUAUAAAAGGAGCAGAAGAUUUUUUGAUAUGUAUAUUUUUAUUUUUUCAUUUUAAUGCAAAAUUGUGGUUUUGCUUGAAUAGAGGAGAGUUUUUGUUUCCUGUAUUAAUAAUAAUAGACUGCAAAAAGGACACGUAGACAAUGAACCCUGUCAGUUGUCAUGGUUAUUGUGUUUGGGUGAUGCAUGUCUAUUACUGGCAAUGCUGACCCCUGCAGGCGAUUCAAGACCAGGUUGUGUGUGGGGGGGGGGGGGAACAGAAGUUAGCAGGCCAAGAAUAAAUUCUGUAUUGAAGGUUUUGAAAGUUGUUAAGAAGCACCCCAACUUUUAUGAAUGAGCUCCCCCAUGUGUACACACACAAUGUCGCCCCUCCCCCACCCACACACACCACCUCUUCAGUUAGCAUCAGAUGCUCAAGUCCAGGGGCUGUUAGUUUGAGCUUUGAGCUCAGGCCCAAGAUAGUCAUCAUCGCUCCUGAGUGCAGAGAGGACAGAGUUCAUCUCUCCCCCUCCAUCGACCGGGGCGUUCAUAGCCUGGGGUGCAGAGACGCACGAUCAGACAGGAUCGGAGAUUAGGAAAGGGGUUUAUAGAAAAAGAAUAGAAGAAAGAAACAGCCUUGUUUGCUGUGCUGAAGGAGAGGGUGUGGAGGCAAGCAAACUCCCAUUCAAGUUGAGCCACUGUUUGAGUUGAUUUGCCGUGAGUUUGGGGCUGGAGGGGGGAUUCUAUUCUCUCGAUGAUGAAGUGUGCUUUACUUUUUAAAAAGUUUCUUUCUUCACUCCUCCUGGGCCUGAGGUCUGCUCCAUUUUAUUUAGAUCAUUGAAACAAUCUCUUUGGUUUUAUUUUCUCAUGAUGAAGUCUUAAAGUUGGCCUCCUUCCCUCCUCGCGUUGUACUUUUGCUUCGCUCUGCUUUUGCAUUUGAGAAACAUUUAUCUUUUGCUGUAAAUUGUGCCUGCUCUUGCUCAGAGAUUCGGGGGGACUGCACUUUAUAGUUUCCUUUUUGUUUGUUUAUGUAAUGUAAAAGUAAUGCACUUUGAAUUGCAGUUUCCUGCCUUGUACUGUAAGCCCAAAGAAACCAUUAAGAAUGGGUUACAGGAUUAAAUAAAAUUAAAACUGGCAAACAA